AUGCGCCGCGCUCCUUGUCUUCCUGCAGAGAUUUGUGACAACAUCAUCGACCACCUUCAUGACGAUGUCGCUGCGCUGCGGGCUUGCUCGUUGACCGUCGACGCGAUAGACACCAUGUCGAAGGAAGAUGUGGACCGGCUAGGAGCGGUGCUCGCAUCGUCACCGCGACUGGGAAGACAUAUAAAACGGGUGGACCUCCACGCGCACGCGCUUCGGCGCCUCGCACGCUUUGACCUCCCGAACCUGGGCUACUUGGCCGUGGAUCUUCUUCACUGCUGCUCUGCUGAGGAAGCACAGCGCUGGUGCGACAUGCUCCGGAGCUUUCCUCGCUUGGAAACUCUCGACCUCUUUGCAUCCUCCAUGUCGAGUGUCGGGCUCUGGUCUCUACUCAGGGGCGUAUAUACCCUCCGCUGGGAUGGACAUCCUCUCGAAAUUGUGACAUCACAAGAUCCCUCUGACGAGGUAGCUAGUGCCUCGGCAAAAGAUCUCUUCAACCUCGACGGGCUGGAGGUGGGAAUACUACACGAUCUCGAGCAUUUCAUGGUCGUGAACACACUCCUUGGCCACCUGUGCUUCCUACGACACGUCGAAGUGAAUAUUGAAAAUAUCAAUGCGGAUGCUUGGCAAUUGGACCUUCAUAGCAUACCAUUCAUCGAAACCUUCCAAGCGACGCUGGUUUUUCUCUCGCCUACUCCUGCAAUCCUCGACUGCCUGUCCCUCUCACUCGCGCAAGUCGAUUCAAACCGACGUUUCCGUUUGAGCCUAACACUGGAGCUCAACGUCCGUUCCAGCGCUUAUGCUUGGUUCGAAGACGUCUGUGAUGUAGCCAGCGAUCACUUCGUGCGCCCCCAUUUUCGACAUCUCCGAGAUCUCACCGUCAAUAUCGACUGGAACUACGUGGAUAUACCGCACAUACUGGAGAGGAUCGCCAUGGACUACUUUUCCCCGCUAAAGGGCGUGAACCUUUACAUCGAGAACGUUCACAAGGGGACACGUUUUGAUCCCAGCAAGAGAAACGCUGACAAGGAACUGGAAAUGGAGGCCGUUCCUUACGUCGCUUCUGAGAGAGAAUAA